AUGACAGAUACCUAGCAUCCAGCAAAAGCAUGGCAGCAGCUUACCUAGAUCCAAACUUGAAUCACACGCCAAGUUCAAGCACAAAGACACAUCUCAGUACUGGGAUGGAGCGUUCCCCAGGGGCCAUGGAACGAGUCCUAAAGGUUUUCCAUUACUUUGAAAACAACAGUGAGCCAGCAACAUGGGCGAGUAUUAUACGUCAUGGGGAUGCUACAGAUGUUUGGGGCAUAAUCCAGAAAAUCGUGGAUAGUCACAAAGUUAAGAAUGUAGCCUGUUACGGUUUGCGGCUCAGUCACCUGCAGUCAGAGGAAGUUCAUUGGCUGCAUCCCGACAUGGGAGUGUCCAAUGUGAGAGAGAAGUUUGAAUUAAGUCAUGCGCCAGAGGAAUGGAAAUACGAACUGCGAAUCCGAUAUUUACCGAAGGGAUUUUUGAACCAGUUUACUGAAGACAAACCAACGUUAAAUUUUUUCUAUCAGCAGGUGAAAAAUGAUUAUAUGGCAGAAAUAGCAGACCAGGUGGACCAGGAAAUUGCCUUGAAGCUAGGUUGCCUUGAAAUCCGGAGAUCUUACUGGGAAAUGAGAGGCAAUGCACUAGAAAAGAAAUCCAACUAUGAAGUAUUAGAGAAAGACGUUGGUUUGAAAAGAUUUUUCCCGAAGAGUUUGCUGGAUUCAGUAAAGGCGAAAACACUACGAAAACUGAUCCAGCAAACAUUUCGACAGUUUGCCAACCUCAACAGAGAAGAAAGUAUUUUGAAAUUCUUCGAGAUUCUUUCGCCAGUGUACAGAUUUGACAAGGAAUGCUUCAAGUGUGCCCUCGGUUCAAGUUGGAUUAUUUCGGUGGAGCUGGCUAUUGGUCCAGAAGAAGGAAUCAGCUACCUGACCGACAAGGGUUCCAACCCUACUCACCUGGCCGACUUCCAUCAAGUGCAGACCAUCCAGUAUUCAAGCAGUGAAGAUAAAGACAGGAAAGGAGUGCUACAGAUGAAAAUUGCUGGAGCACCGGAGCCUCUGACAGUGACAGCCCCAUCCUUAACCAUUGCAGAGAACAUGGCUGACUUGAUAGACGGCUAUUGCCGACUGGUGAACGGUGCUACGCAGUCCUUUAUCAUCAGGCCCCAGAAAGAAGGUGAAAGAGCUUUACCAUCCAUACCAAAGCUGGCCAACAACGAGAAGCAAGGGAUCCGACCACAUGCAGUCUCAGUAUCAGUCAAUCACUGUCAACAUAAAAUAAAGAGAGGCAGGCGCUUUCUCCCUUUCGUCUUCUGCUCCCACGAGCCGCCGCCACCUCAGGAUGAAAUUAGUGGGGACGAAACGGACGAUUACGCAGAGAUUAUAGAUGAAGAAGACACUUACACCAUGCCCUCGAAAAGCUAUGGAAUAGAUGAAGCCAGGGAUUACGAGAUUCAGAGAGAACGGAUUGAGCUGGGGCGCUGCAUCGGUGAAGGGCAGUUUGGAGAUGUUCACCAAGGAGUUUACGUGACCCCAGUAGUAACGAUGCGGCAGUUUGAUCACCCCCACAUUGUCAAGUUGAUCGGCGUCAUCACCGAAAACCCCGUCUGGAUCAUUAUGGAGCUCUGUACGCUAGGAGAGCUGAGGUCGUUUUUGCAAGUAAGAAAAUACAGCUUGGAUCUGGCAUCUUUGAUACUGUACGCGUAUCAACUUAGCACAGCACUUGCCUACUUAGAGAGCAAAAGAUUUGUACAUAGAGAUAUUGCUGCUAGAAAUGUGCUGGUGUACUCCACCGAUUGUGUGAAAUUAGGCGACUUUGGUUUGUCCCGGUAUAUGGAAGACAGCACGUAUUAUAAAGCUUCCAAAGGAAAACUGCCCAUCAAAUGGAUGGCACCCGAGUCCAUCAACUUCCGACGUUUUACCUCAGCUAGUGACGUAUGGAUGUUUGGUGUGUGUAUGUGGGAAAUUCUGAUGCACGGCAUCAAGCCUUUCCAGGGAGUGAAGAACAACGACGUGAUCGGGCGCAUCGAGAACGGCGAGCGGCUACCGAUGCCCCCCAACUGCCCCCCUACCCUGUACAGCCUUAUGACCAAAUGUUGGGCCUACGACCCCAGCAGGCGGCCGAGAUUUACAGAACUGAAAGCUCAGCUCAAUACGAUACUGGAGGAAGAGAAGCUACAGCAGGAGGAGCGAAUGAGGAUGGAAUCGAGGCGACAGGUCACCGUGUCCUGGGAUUCCGGAGGAUCGGAUGAGGCUCCUCCCAAG